UAUACAAUCAGGCCUGUAUACAAUACGAAUACUCAAAUAUACUUUAUUAAAUCCCAUUACCUAUUUUGAAACACACAACAUAGAAUGAUUUUUUGGAAUCAAAACACGUGUUACAUGAUAUAGGAAUCUUGCUUCAGUUUGAACUUAUUUGGUUUUGUUUUUUUUGUUUAUCAUGAAGAAAAGACAAGGCAUGAAAAAUGAGUUGAAGUAAAUUUCUCCAAAAAUCUAUAGUAGUAGUCCAAGUGAUCUAAAUUGUGUAAGUCCCUGUGAACCAGAUACUCCACAUUGUGAUGCUGGGAUCGGAAGUAAUUUUUUUAAAAAUGUAUAUGCUUGAAAGAAAACCAUAAUCUGUGAAUAAAUCGUAUUCAUUACUUAAAUUCCAUCUAAACUCAGUGUGGAUUCUUAGUUACUUGAUACUUAAAUCAGUGUAGUACACAAGUCUUUCUUGGACAUAGAACACAGUACAAAUCAAGAUCGUAGAUACACUACAAUCAUACAACAGCUUCGCUACCUCUUUUAAAGGAUAGCGUCCAUCGCUUCCAACCAGCACAAUGGUAAGAUAAAAUUAUCAAUAAUAAUAAUCCAAAUCAAACAUUUGAAAAUCUCAGCAAUGCAGGCUAAUUAUAUGUGCAAAACAUAUAUAGUAUUACAGUUUUGUUUUCUUCACCUAAUGUCACAUAUAUCUAGUACAAAGAUAAGACCAAAAAGUUUAGAUGCACUAUAAUAUUUGAAAUUCUAUAUUAAAUGGUGACAACUUGAUAUGCUUUGAUAUUAUGGAAAGGUUGAGAAUAUUUGUUUAUCUUAUUAAAACCAAAGAGAUUUUGUUGCCAAAAAUGUGCCAAUGAGAUCUAUACGGAUUAGCUUAUAAAUUAUUGAAAUGUAAUAAACUUCUGUUGUCAAAUUCAUGGUCAAACAUUUCCAUAUUCUAAUCAAAUCAAAUCUAAUAUUAACUCUUCAAGAUAUCUGGUCAAGCCAUAACGUACCAUUGCACUAUAUAAAGAACGAUGAAGAACUGUUAGCAAAAUUAUAAUAUUCUCUUUGGAGAAUGAAGAACGUUUCCUUUAAACUUGUGUUCUUGGUUGCUCUUCUUUCUCUUGUCUUUCGACAAGAUCUAGUGAAGGGUAGGACAUUGGUUCCAAAUAGAGGCGGCGGGAAUUAUCACGACCCGAUUUGUAACCCGGAUGAUCCCAACUGCGACAAACCUUGUAAUCCAGAGAAUCCAAAUUGCGCCUUGAAACAACGUGACAUAGAUACAAAUAGAGCCUACGGGAACUAUCAGGACCCGCCUUGUGACCCGUAUUAUGAUCCAAAUUGCGUCAAACCCUGUAAUCCAGAGAACCCAAAUUGUUAAUAGAAACAAGGCAUUGGAUAACGUCUAAUAUUAGCUUAUUUAUUGAAUAAAUGUGAACGUGUAUAUUCUCAGAUUUGUAUGGCUUAUCUUAUGCAUCAACAGUUACAUGAUAUUUAUAAUAAUAAUAUUACUUAAGAGUAAUCAAAGAUUA